ACGUAUAUUCUCUCCCCCGUCUUGGCCUCCAGCUACGUGGAACUCGAAGCAGCGAUGGGCGGCCACGACGACGACGACGUCAGGCCGUACGUGGUCAACAAACAUCGCGACGAGGAGCUAAAGAAGAACAAGCUGAACGACUGGUGUGAGCACGAGUCGACGGGCAACAACGCCAAGUGGCACAAGGAGGGCCAGAACCAGCUGCGCAAAGUGAGCGAGAACCAGCAGGAGCAGGACCACAACUGCAACAUCAGCCACAAUGGCAACCCGGACGGGGAACGGGAGGAGUCCCCCAAAGCGGCCGCCCGGGAAGAAGCCAACAACAUCCUCAAUGAGCCGCUCCUCAUCCAUGCCUUGGACGAGGACGAGGAGAAGGAGAGGGAAGAAGAAGACAAGGGGGAGAAGUCAGAGGAAGGUCCUGCGGAUGGAGAGGAGGCCCCCAAUGGAGGAGGAGGAGGAAGAGAAGGAGGUGUCUCCGGCAGGAACGCGUGCCUCCUGUUCGCCAACGUCAAUGGGACGCCGAGCGACGACGAGUCCAACUGGCCCGCCACCUCUCAGGACAACGCCGCCGAUGCUUCUUCUCCCAACGGUAACAGAGACUCCUUCUGGGACUCGAGUGCUUUCGAGACGGACACGGACCUGCCGGCCGGCUGGAUGAGGGUUCGCGAUACGUCGGGCACCUACUACUGGCACAUCCCCACCGGCACCACCCAGUGGGAGCCCCCCUCGCCGCUGGGGAAGGUCGGCGACUCGAUGCUGUCCUCCACCAUGUCCCUGGAGACCACGCCGUGCGAGGAGCCCGAGGACACCUGGGCUCAGUUUUCCAGCACAGAUGAAGGCGGCGCCGACGGAGAGCUGUGGAAGGAGGAAGCGGAGGCUGCGUCUGAUCAAAGUCUGCGAGAGUUUGAGGGGGCAACUCUCCGCUACGCUUCCAUCAACCUCAACUACAACUGCCCCCAGUCUGAGGAUGACGAGAAGCUGGUCCCACUCUGCACUGAUUUAGAGAGCAAGUGCUUCGCAGUGCGUUCGCUGGGCUGGGUGGAGAUGUCGGAGGAAGACAUGGCGCCGGGCAAGAGCAGCGUGGCCGUCAACAACUGCAUUCGCCAGCUGUCCUACCACAAGCACAACCUGCAUGACACCGCCGGCAUCUGGGGAGAGGGUAAGGACAUGCUGAUGGUGCUGGAGAGCGACACCAUGAACCUGAUCGAUCCGCUGGGACAGACGCUGCUUCACACGCAGCCCAUCGGCAGCAUUCGCGUGUGGGGCGUCGGCAGAGACAACGGCAGGGAAAGGGAUUUUGCCUACGUGGCCCGGGAUAAUCUGACGCAGGUCCUGAAGUGUCACGUAUUUCGCUGCGACUCGCCCGCCAAAAACAUUGCCACCACUUUGCAUGAGAUGUGCUCCAAGAUAAUGAUGGAAAGAAAGGCAUCCAAGCCAGGUGUGAGUCGUCUCAGCUCGGACACGGGCAAACCCCUGUCUGUCGAAGAGUUUCCAGCUCCCAAAAAUGAACUUUUCCAGCGCUUCCAAGUCUAUUACCUCGGCAGUGAGCCUGUCCUCAAGCCAGUGGGUAUGGACGUGAUCAAUGAGGCUCUGGAGGCGGCCGUGGUGGGCAAAGACAAAAGCGGCUGGACCCCGGUGUCUGUCAACGUGGCGCCCGCGACCCUCACCAUACUCGCAAAACAGACAGAAGAAGUUCUGUCGGAGUGCCGGGUGCGCUUCCUUUCGUUCAUGGGCGUGGGCAAGGACGUCCGCACCUUCGCCUUCAUCAUGGCCGACGGCCCGCGAGACUUCACCUGCCACAAGUUCUGGUGCGAGCCCAACGCCGCCAGCCUCAGCGAGGCCGUCCAGGCCGCCUGCAUGCUACGCUACCAGAAGUGUCUGGACGCACGUCCGCCCGGCCUGGCGUCCUGCUUGCCCACCCCGCCCGCCGACUCUGUGGCCCGCCGCGUCAAGAAGGGCGUGCAGAGUCUCCUGGGCAGCUUCAAGAGCUACAGGUCGGGCUCCCAGUCGCCUUGACGGGCCGCAACACCAGGAAGGUCCAUGCAAAACGUCUCCGUGUCACACUACCCCAUCCACCUCACACUUGACACCUCAUACACUCGUUCUGUCGUCUUGUGGAGUAGCUCGGGGGGGGGGGGGGGAUUUGAUCUGUCCCCCUCUCUCUCUCUCUUUUUUUUUUGUUGAAACUUUCCUCCCCUAAUAGGUGGAAUUCCGGCCUUACUGGGGUUCUUUCAUGUCACUCUGAACUAUUUUUGUGUUUUAACAGAAACAACACUUGGAAUGUUGGGACGUAAUGUACGUCACAUGCUAAAAGAUGCUCGAAUGAGCGCUAUACUGUAGAUUGUCUCUCACACACACACAUGCACACACAUCAGUCUUCCAAAGAGAUUGUCAUCAUUCAUUCAUUGAUUUGCAUGCAAGUUGAGUGGCUCACGUGCAAUAACGACCUUAUCAAAAAUGUCACCCAGAGAGCAAGGGAACAACACGGCCACGUUGUGAAUACACGCACACCCCUGCUCAGUCGUUCUGUCCGAAGCAUGUGUAAGUGUGGGAACCCUUCAGUGUUUCCUCCGUGUUCUCUCUGUGCGUCACUCUAGUUGCUGUGUGUGUGUGUGUGUGUGUGUGUGUGUGUGUGCGCGUGCGCGCGCGUGUGUGUGAUCAUAAACUAGCCGUUGAAAGCCACCACAGAGCAGGUUUGUUCGUUUGUAUGGAAGGCAAUUACCCUAACUUCCACACAUUCAAAUAUGAUUUUUUUCUUUCUUUUUUUUUUUUUUUUUGUUUGGAAGGAACAAUUGAAUGAUCUCAUCGUUGAUGUGUAGAUCCCUAGUAAUAGUCAAGGCUAAUGGUUAAAAAAAGAAAAAAAGUAUGUAUCCUGUAUAUAUUUCUAUAUUAGCGACACUAACUCACCCACGUUCAUCACGUAACCGCCGCCUUUGCCGUUCACCUUUUGCCCAUCAUGCCCAUGUCCGGCUAGCGGGAUUCUAAUUUAUUAUUUCUACACAUGUACAUUUUAGGUGUUCCCCAAAAUGGAUGUGUAUAUAUAAGAAAUCAGCGCACAAUAAAUGUCAACAUAUCAUU